GAAUAAUCGUCACUUCCGCUUUCAGAACACACGUGUGAAGUAGGCCGAUGUGUUUGUGUGUGUUUUCAGCUGGAUACGAUCGAGCCUUGUAAUCUGCAAAUAUGGGGAGGUCUCAUAAAGAGACCAACACCUACAGGUUUCAAAAUUUUUCUGAACGAAUUGCUUAUAUGCACUUUGAUGUUGCUCAUCACACACAUAAACAGACUGAAGGAUAUCCUGAGUCGGACCAGUCUUUCUUUAGAAAUGCCAUUGCCAAAUGGGUGGAUCUCAACUGUACACAGAAUUUCUGUGACUUUAGAGAAGAGAUAUCUAAAUUCCCAUGUGACACCUUUGUUCAACUUGUACACCAUGCUGAGGGCAUUAUGGCUACCAUAAAGAAACAUCUACAAGUUCCAGACACACUUGCCCUGGAAGCUCUCUUGGACCUGCUGGUGCAGAUGGCUCGUGACUUGGGGCCAGACUUCUACCCACACUUCCGUGAAGUCUUUGACAUUCUUGUCCAGCUUUUGCGGUCCAAUUCUCACGAUGCUGACAUACUGGAAAAAGUCUUUGAAGCCAUGGCUUACCUUCACAAGUAUUUAUGGAGAUACUUGGUCAAAAAUAUACAAGAAGUUUAUGGGUAUUUUUCCUGUCUUCUGACCCAGAGCAACAGAGAUUACAUCCAGAAAUUUGCUGCUGAAAGCUUUGCAUUUUUGAUGAGAAAAGUGAAAGAUUAUGACACUUUGCUUGAGUUUCUGUUCAAGGACCUAGAGAUGAACCAACAGAAAACAGCAGGAGUAGGCCAGUUGCUGUUUGAAAUGAUGAAAGGUGUAAAACAACACUUCCAUACAGUCAGCAGCAAGGUAUUCACCUGCAUCCUUCAGAAGCUGGGACCGCAUCACAUUGAAAAUGAGACCCAAUUGCCAUGGAAACAGGUGGAAGAAACUGUUGAACAUAUGAUGAAGGCAUGUGCCACAUAUACUAACAGGGACCAGGCAGGACCAUUAUGGACAGUGCUUCUUAAUGUUUUGGGAGAUGUGCACAAGUCAUGUCUGACAAGUCAGAAAGAAUCUCAGCCACUGCUCAACAGUCACUUGUGUCGUCUGCUGCGAAUGUUGACUGUCUGGUUGCAGCACAGUAAUGGCAGUAUAAUAUCAGAUCCACCUGAAGUUGCAAAGGCUUUGAUGUCAUUGUUGAAAGAGCUGCCCUGGACAGAAGGUUUGUCAACGGACCUGUUGAAGAGCAUCUCCUUGCUUCUUCAAAAUGCCGGUUAUCGUUUGUCAGUAGAGUUGACUGUCCAACUGUUGUCUUCGGUGUUUUCAGCAGACUUUUCACUAAAGGACAUGAAGCUGUUUGCCAUGUCACUCAUUUCAACACCACUGUUUGAAAAGGAUGUUGUACCAGGAUUUCUCUCCUUAAUAACUACAAAGUUUGAUGAUGCCAGUGAGGAUGAGCAAAAAGAGAUGCUGGCAUGGUUGACGAAUGUUGUAUUACUGAAGACUACCAGCCCAGAGGAUGGCAGUCAGCUGCAUCGACUACAACUAUAUAGCCUGGAUUUCGGCAGAACAAAGAAAAGCAAGAAGAAGAACAGCUUUCUUCUAUGGCUUCAGUCAUUGGUCAAGACUACCCAAGGGAACACUGUGACGAAGGAAUCUCUGCCACUUGCAUGGAUGGCUGUGACAUGCCUUCCUCACAUAAGCAUCCUAAACAGAAGUGCUUCAGCAAAAGCUCUUGCUUUAUUCUGGAAUCAUCUGAAUAGCUCCUUAUCAAGGAUCUCCAGCAUAGACCAAGAUGUUUUGCUCUUUGUGAUGCAUCAAGCAGCCAUGUCUCUGUUUCUACUUGACUCAGAGUGUGAAGUAUCAAGACUUUUACCAUUUAAGGAUGUCAUCGCCUUGUUAAAGUUAUAUCCUGCCAACCUGUCAGUAUUGCAUACUGCUGACCUGUAUCUCUCACUGAUAAAUGAAGAAGAGGACCUUUUUACCAGUGACACGAUGGGUGAAAUUUACCAAGCUCUGGAGCCUAAUCUUAUGUCUGGAUCUCACAAGAUACGUCUUCUUACUCUACACAUCCUCACCUUGUUCCCUGUGUCUGUCCCAGAGAGACCAGAAUCUAGUGAGGAGUUGUCCACAAUCUUCAGUGUGUCAUUAGCAGCAGAGAAGACACCCCUCAGUGUGCAGGAUUCUCGCCAGCGUUUGAUGCACUUGCGCAAACUUGACCACAGUCUUGUACAUGUCAUCAUGCCAGCUGGUUCCUUUGCCAAAAUGCCACUUCUCUACCUGAUGGGAACCCUGCUGUGCCCCUUGACGCUUCUUUGGGGACCAGUUUCUGAACUUAUUGCCACUCAUGCUCGAGGUAUGGACAGAGAGGAAUUCUGGGAAGCUUUUGGUCCUUGGCUGCAGUUUUCUGAAGCUAAAGCAGAAAAAGAGUUGAAUGAGCCAGAGGGAAUUGACAGGGAUGAUGAAGACCUAGACAUUGCAUCGCCAGCAAACCUUCUAACACAUUGGUUGAAGGCUGAACUUAUGUCUGAACGAAAGCCAGACUACAUUGUCUUCAGAAAUCAUCUGUGGAAAGCAAUGCAGUUGUUUCCAGAGAAGUGUGAACCAAAGUCCAGAGAAAUAGUCCCUCUCUUCCUUGGCUUUCUCCAAAAGGAAUACUACAAUGAUAUGAUUGAAGACAUUGAAGAAGAAAAAGAGAAUGAAGACAGUGAUAAUGUCACAAAUCCAGAAGGGACUGUACAGGACUCUUCUGAAAGAAAGACCAUGGAAAUUGAUGGGGGAGAACUCAAUCUAAGCACAUCACAGUUAAGAAGACAAAGCAUUCACACACCAGAUGGUAUCAGUGGUGGUGUAGGAAAGAACAAGUAUAAGACAAUGAUGCAAUCACUACUUGCACACCUAGAAUUAUUUGCCAAGUUCCAGAAUCCUCGCUCUCUUUAUCAGGAAGCAGAAGUUCAAGAUAUUUACUUACAGUUUUUAGAGCACAAGAAUCCACAAGUUCAGAAGGUAGCCUUUGAUUGCAUUAUGACCUACAAGUACAAGUACCUCACUCCAUACAAAGAAAACUUUGAACGUCUGCUGGACAACAAGACUUUCAAAAGUGAAGUAGUUCUGUUUAGUGUUGACCACGAGUCCAGUGAGAUCAGACAAGAGCAUCGUGCUGAACUCUUGCCAGUACUCAUGAGGAUUCUUUAUGGCAAGAUGCUAAGCAAAGCUGGUAACGAAACAUCAGGUCGUCGAAGGGCAGACACUCGCCGCUCUAUUGUGCUACGAUUUCUUGCUGGAUGUUCUUCCAAAGAAAUGCAGUAUUUCUUGGGGCUGGUUUUUGGCCCUUUCAGACAGUAUGUGACAGAUGAUCCCUUGGCUAUGGUGAGAGGACUGGCUGAAAAUUUAGAUUUAAAAAAGUUUGUUCCUCCCAAGAAAAUGAAAGGAGUGCUGGGAGCAGUUAGCAUUGUGAUGGAUAAACUUGGACAUCUCCUUGAAGACAAUGCACGCUGGGUUUUGCAUUUACUUUUGGCUAUUGGUGCAAUGUGUGCAUCUUGUUUGAAAGAACGGCAUCUGGUGCGACCAUCUAUUAUUACUCAGUUAAAAUCUGUCAGGCAGCUUAUUUUUAUAAGACUUAUUCAGUUUUUGGGUGAUUUUGACAAAUUCGAGUUCACAGACAAGGAAGUGGAAGCUAUCUUGGAAACUUUUGUGUGGCCACAGCUUGACAGACUGGUCAUAGAAAGUAAGUGUCAGCCUUCCCCACUGCUGAGACUUUUUGAGAGCUGGAGUUUGGAUCCAAAGUAUUUUGUCUUCCUGAACAAACAGUUUUCAUCUGGUGGCAAGUCUUCCUUGGCUGUCAUGUUUGAUCUGCUAGUAUCUCCUGGUCUGGGUCAUUCUGUGGCUAAUAUAAUUUUAAAAACCAUUGAGAACAUGAUAGAGGCUGAAGAUGAAGUUGAAGAUGAUGAGCCAGCAGCUAAAAGAAGGAGGACAGAAAGUGUCUCUCAACAAGCUGCUGCCAAGGUCCCAGAUAGCAUGCUGAUGCUUGAACCUUACAUCCCAGCCUUGCUAACAUACAUAGAGGGUGCAGUGAAAAAUCACAGUGGCUCUCUGGUUAAAGAGUUAAAAAGCAGUGGCAAAGAAGAAAUGUUUCAAGAGAUGAAAAUCCUUGCAAGGGUGAGUGCUUAUGUAAAGAAGAUGAGAUCAGUCAGUGCGGCUGUGUUCAUUACUCGUGCCAUUUUUGGGAACUGGGCAGAGUCUGCAUCAGAAAAUCACGAGCUUGAGGAGAGCACGCUUGAGUCAGUUUUGAAUCUGAUGAAGAGAAUUGCCAACCCACGUCCAUUCUACAGAUCCUUGCUGCCAUUGUUUGUCAAUGUGGAACGACGCCAGUCAAGAGUGCUCUUGUGCCAGAUUCUCAAGGCAUUUGGAGAAAAAGUGCCAGACCUUGCUGACAUUGCUGGUAUUGUGGAAAAUCUCAACUCUUGGGACCCGAAGAGAACAGAAGAGCCAGACUACACCCUGCGACUUCAGACGUACCGAACGACAGUGCAGCGUCUUACAGAAUGCACUUUUGUGGACUUAGACUUCAUUCUGCCGCUUGUCUACAACUGUUGCUUCAUCAUUAAAAAUUUUGAUGACCUGUCGCUGCGAGACAAUGCCACCCAUUGCUUGGUAACCAUCAUUCAGUGCCAGAAGAGACUGACUUCAGAUGUCAGUGUGUACAAAGAACUUGUGGGUGAAGCUAUUCUACCUCUUGUCAAGAAAGGCCUCCGCAGCAAGCAAGAACAAAUAAGACAUGAGUUCUUGGCUGUUCUCCAAGCGCUGGUGUUGGCUUACCCAGAACACCAUGACUUUGUUGGGCUGUCAGGGCUUUGUGACACAGAUGUCGAUGCAGACUUUUUUGUCAACAUCAGACAUAUACAGCUUCACAAACAGACCAGAGCACUACGCCGGCUGAGUCGUUACCUGCACAACUACAAACUCACCCCCCAGCAGCACAUGGGCUUUGUGGUGCCUCUGCUGUACUCCUACCUGCUAGAUCCUCGUUACGCCAAGUCAGGCGGGAUUCUGGAUGCAUCUGUAGAUCUGACAUGCAUGGUGUGUCGCCAAUUACCCUGGGAGAGUUAUUUUCAGCUGCUGCGGCUGUACCUGAGUCAGUUGCCGCGUCGUAUUGAAAACCAGAGGAUUAUCAUAAAGGUGAUUGUUGCCAUACUUGAUGGAUUUCACUUUGAUUUGUCCAAGUCUCAGUUCCACAUUAAACCUGAACCCAAGGCAGUUGAACAAAAGAGUAGUACUUCAGAUGCAACUAGUGACACCAAUGACUUUAUUGUGGAGCUUGACACCGUGAUGGAUAAGCCUUCCGUGGUAGAGGAUGAUGUAGCAGAAGAAAAAGAGGAGAUGCUAUCUCCAGAAACAGAGGACACAGGGAAAACAUCAUUACCUGUUAAGAAGCAAAAAGAGUUUUCAGCAGACCGGCUAGAUGUGUGUCCACCGGGCCUGGCCACCCGAGUCCACCGCAUGAUGCUCCAGAGUCUCAUUCCUCAGCUGCACAAGAAGCUGACAGAAAAGGUUAAGAGUGAUGAGAUUCACAAGAUGGCAGGUCCAAAAUAUGCUGAAGAUGAUGAGAUCUUGAGAGUUCCUAUUGCCAUGGCAAUGGUCAGAUUGCUGCAAAAGCUGCCAUCUGGAGCCCUGGAGAGCCGACUCCCAGGAAUACUUUUGCGUGUGUGCAACUUCCUAAAAUCCCGAGCUGAGAGCAUUCGCAUCAUUGCCCGAGAUACCUUAGUCAAGAUUGCACUAGCACUUGGUCCUCGCUUCUUGCCUUUUAUUGUUAAAGAGAUGCGUUCUGUGCUUACAAAGGGCUAUCAGCUUCAUGUCCUGAGCUUCACACUAGUCCACAUUCUCAAGAAAACCAUGUCAACACUUAAAUCUGGUGACCUUGAUCCUGCCAUGAAUGACCUACAGUGUGUAUUUCAAGAGGAACUGUUUGGCAAGGUGUCAGAAGAAAAAGGCAUUGCCGGCAUAAGAGCCAAGACAUUUGAAGCUAAGGCAUCGAAAGGCUUUCUGGCAUACAGGCUAAUGGCUCGCUUCAUCAGCCCUGAUAUGCUUGGAGUGCUGGUUAAACCCCUUAAAAAUGUCCUGGAGGGGACCCACAGCCAGAAGACUGCUAACAAAGUGCGCCUGGUGCUGCAGAAGGUGGAGAGUGGUCUUGUCAGCAAUCCAGCCAUUGACGCAAAGACCAUGAUGAUAUUCAUCCACACUUUAACAGCUGACAACUUGCCCAUGCUGAAAGAGCAAAUACCAACAGAAAAGAAAGAGGAUGUUCAAAAAGUGAUGAAGCCAGAGAGCUGUCUUUUGAUACCAAAACCUAUUCCUCGUGGAGGUAUCAAACCCAAAACCACAAAGAAAGCUACAGUCCAUGUUUUGGUGGAGUUUGGCUUAUUGCUUUUAAAUUCCUGCCUGAAAAAGUCCAUGCUGAAGCCAGAGGACUCUACCCACUUAGCUUUGCUGGACCCACUCGUCCCUAGCUUUGUUGAAUGCCUGUCCUGCAAAUACAUAAGAGUAAAUGCUGCCAUGCUGCGCUGCCUGUGCUGGCUGCUGACAUUUCCCGUUGCCCACCUUAAAGAAGAUGAUCAAAACUACGCCUGUGCUGGGGCUGCCAAGGGAGAUAACCAGGAACUGUUGCUCAUGGCUUUUAAGGCAGUGACUGUAUUGGUGAGAGAGGUGAAAUAUUACGAAUUGUCAUCAGAGCAUCUUCGGGUUUUGCUAUCCUUUUGUGAGAGCGACUUGCUUGACUUUACACGCCAGAGCACUGCAUUUUCAGUACUGAAGGCCAUUCUACACCGAAAGCUCAAUGUUCCUGAACUCCAUGAACUGAUAAAAGCAGUUGAGACAAUGGUAGUUACAGCAGAGGCUGAGCAUUUACGUUUACAAUGUCGACAAGUGGUGCUGCAGUAUCUGCUUGACUAUCCGCUUGGGAAGCGCCUGACGAAACACCUGAAUUUUUUCAUAGCCCAGCUGAUGUACGAGCUUGAGGAUGGGCGUCUGUCUACUUUGGAGAUGAUAGCAUCAAUUUUUUCCACCUUCCCUCAGGACACAUUGCAAAAACAUGCUGGCGUCUUCCUUGUACAUUUGACGGUGACAAUGGUGAAGGAUGAAUCGGAGAAAUGCCGAAAGCUAGCAGCACUUGCCAUCAAAUCCCUUCUUGGAAAGGUGGAUGUCCCAACUAUGGAUUCUCUCUUCUCCAUUGCAUUCCUCUGGAUAACUGGCAAAAAAACCACUCACAGAACAUAUGCAGCCCAACUGUGUAGUCUUUUUGUGGAGGUGGAGGCAGCCCAUUUCCAGAAAGCUCAUCUUCCUCAAGUUCUUCCUAUCAUUAUUCAGCAGAUAGAUCCUGAGAAGUUUGAAAAGCCACAAGAUGUCAGCGAGGAGGAAGAGUUAGACCAGUGUCUCUUCAACUUUUUGACACUUGUUACCAAAAUCUUCCUUGCAACUGACAUCCUACGCAAUGCUCGCUGGACAAAUGAAAUCAACAUAAUUUUAGGGUUUGUGGAGCAGCAUCUUCUGUACCCUCACACCUGGGUUCGUUUGAGAGCAAGCGAGAUUUUUGGACAUGUGUUUGCCUCUCUUCCCCAGGACGGACAUGAAAUGGUAGCUUAUAUUGCUGAAAACCCUAGAGUCAAGAUCCGAAAACUGGUUCUUGAUAUGUGUAGUCAACUUCAGGCACCUAUUCUUGACAAAGCACUAGCCCUUCAGGUUGUGAAGAAUUUGGUGUUUCUAUCAAGGAACAUUCACCAUAUUGUAACUGAAAACCAACUGGAUGAGGAAGAGCAGAAAAAGUUUUCUGUGUGCUGGUUAGCCCGCAAGAUGGUGCGAGAAGCUAACUUUGAAGUCAUCAACAAUCCUAAAUUUACAUUAAAGAGAAUUCAUGUGUUCAAAUGGAUUGCUGCUGUUGUGUCUAAACUAGACAUCGAGACAAUGAAAGCACUGUUGCCUAUUGUGCUGCCAUCUCUUCAGCGAGAAACAGCUGACCAAUCUCAUAGUGAUCAGUAUUUGAAGACAGCAGCACAGGAGAUUAUCGCAUUUUUGAAGAAAAAGAUUGGAAUCAACGAUUUCACAGCUACUUAUGCCUCUGUACAGCAAGCUCGAAAUCAACGUAAAGAGAAAAGGAAAGCCGACCGAGCAAUAUCUGCUGUCAAGACUCCAGAAGUGGCAGCGCGCAAACGGAUGAAAAAGACAAAAGCUAAAAUAGAAGCCAAGAAGAGAAAAAUAGAGCAAAAGAAAGUGCGCGUGAAGAAGAGCAAGCUGAGUGUGUACCUUAAAGAGCGAUGACAGACUGGAGGCCCUGUGGAGAACUGGUCAUUUCUGGUGACAUACAAGACCUUUGACAAUUACUGAAGCACAAAUCAUGCUGAGAUUUGGUUACAUGACAUGCUUUCAAAGUCCUCAGAAAUUCAUGAGUUGCAGAUUGUCUUAUUUAACAGUCUCUUGAUUUCAACUUGUGUCAUGCUGAAAUUCAGUUAGGUUUGUGCAAAUAGGUUUGUAGAACAUUGAAAAUAUGGUUACGCACUCAAGGAUUUAGAGAAUAACCUUAUUUUUGUUAAUUUGUGCUUUUUCGUAAGAUGCACCCAAGCAAAAGCUGUUCAGAAGAAAUCUUAAAAAAGAAUCUGAGGUAAUCUUACAACAGCCUAAGUGUGGAAAGAUAAAUGAACCAUUUUUGACAUCACUAGUCAGGAAAAA